UUCUUGUCCCCUGUCCUUGGACCCUAUUUACAGUACACUGAAAAAAGUGACUUUUUGGUGCUGUAAACUCUAUUAGAGUAACUGUCAUAAUUUAUACCUAAUAUUUUUAACAUUCAGUAAGAACUAGAGUUUUUUAAGUAAAAUUAAACAUUUUAUUAACGUAAUACAUGAAUUAUGGGGGAAGAGUAAGUUUUACUUAUGUUUCCUCAUACUAUUUAAAUGUUUAAUAGUUGUACGUACAUAAACCUAAAAAUAUUACAUAAACUUUACUCUGAAAAUCUAGUGUUUUGAAACGCAUGCACGACGACGCAUGCGCACAGCACAACAGGCUCCGGCCGUUAGGAUCUCUUCACAGAGCACUGCAAGGUGUAUUGUAGCGCCAGAAAGUCAUUCCACAGGAAGCAAAUCAGAACAGAACAUUAUUCUCAUAAUUCAGGGUGCCCUUUGGAGGAGCCAGUGGACUUUGUGCAAGGGAGGUGCCGUGGGGAUCAAGAUGAGGCCGCUCCUGGACAGACUGAGUCAGAAACAGAGCAUUGAGAUGAGGCGUGAAACCAUUAUCCGCAGCCUUAUACUGUACCUUGGCGAGAAGGAAGAGGAACUUUUUGAAGACUGCUUGGAGGACAGCCGGAGUGAUGUCAGUAACCACAUCCUCAAAAUACUCGUCGUCCACGGUGCUGAUGAGGAUCCAGUUGAUGUCUCCAUCCUUGUGGAAGGCCAUGAGAUUUUGCCAGGGUGCAACUGUACUGCGAAAGCUUGCUCACUGCUCAUGGGACUGAUUUAUGCCCUGAACUUGGCAUACCCUCCCACUUUGCGCUACACUUUUGAAGUCUUCCAAAAACUCAUGCUGGAGCUGGAUGGAUUGAAACUGUCCCCAAAAGUAAACACCUUGAAGUUGAAGUUGCUUUGCUAAAUGCAUGUCAUGACUUUGUCAUCCUAGAGGAGGAAAAUGACAUCAUUUAUGGACCCUUGCUGAGGACGUAGCAUCAUGCAUGGACUCUUGUGAAGAAAUGCCAAGAAUUAGCACUGAGUUCCAGUUCAUCUUGGUUUACUAGUGGGUUGCCUGUCAUAAAUGUUUUUCAUUUUUUGUCAAAUAAGGUAUCUGUUAAUGACAGUAAAGAUUGUAUUCUUCAACAAGAAUGGUUAGACACCUUAAGCUGUUUAUUUUU